AUGAGAGUUCUCAACGAGACGUUUGCCCCACACAACAUCCAAUUCGUUGUCAAGAACACGUCGCACACCGUCAAUGAUGCCUGGACCCGCCAAGCCCGCAUCAAGGAGAAGGCCGAAGCUCUGCGCCAAGGCGGCUACGAUGAACUCAACAUUUACUUCGAGACGGGCAUGAUGACAAAUGCCGGUUCCGCGACGGGAAUUUGCAGCUUUCCGGUGGAAGAUCCUUGGAACACCGGAAUCAACGGAACUUCGUGGUACACUUACGACGGCUGCCAUGUGAGUGUCGGCACGAUGCCCGGGGGACCAGGCGUGCCUUGGGAUCCGGAAGACAACAAGGGAAAGACGGCAACUCACGAGGUGGGGCACUGGUUUGGGCUCUUCCAUGUUUUCGAUGGUUUCGACUGCAACGGCGAGGGUGACUACAUUGACGACACCCCGGCGACUCAGGUUGCGACGGUUGGGUGUCCUGUUGAGCAAGAUUCCUGCCCGGAUCAACCUGGACUCGACCCCAUCCACAAUUACAUGGACUACUCGAAGCAUGACUGUCUCUCGGAGUUCACUCCCCUGCAGGAGGAACGAAUGUACCGAUCUUUCAACACUCUCAGGUUAGGGCGGUAA